GCAAACACACUGACGUCAUGAUAUUUUGACGUCAUAAUUAGCCGCACGCUUUGAUGUUCAUGAUCAAAGAUGGAGGAUCAAUCUCCCGACACCUUUCGGCUAACAGUAAAAAAAAAGAAAACCAGUGACAAAAGACCCAAACCCUGAAUGGUUCUGGGCUGAAUUUGAUCUAAUUACUACAGUAGCCGAAAAGAAAUCCAGCAAUCCCAAAUGGGGACCAAAGAAACUGUCAGAGUUAACAGACUGUAAUGAAAGGAAAAUAAAACAAAUCCUAGAGAAGUAUUUUUAUGAUAAAGAUGAAAAUAAACUUUAUCGAAAAAGCCAAGACAACACUGAAAGCCAUAGGCAAUGUGUUAGAAAACCGCAGUUGAUAAGUUUGCUGCAGAAGAAUCACGAAAUAGACCACAGGAAACCUGACGCCGUAUAUGAAAGCUUGCGGAGGCACAUAUUUCCGGUACAGAGGGAACACGUUAAGACAAUUUUCAAGACGGAGAUAAAAUGCCACCAGUGUAACUGUGCUGCAGAUUUACCGAAGACAACAAGAUCCAGAAGACCUAUACCAGCGACAUACCCAAACAGCAGAUGGCAAAUUGACUUGAAGAAGAUGCCUGCCUGUAGAGGUUACAACUAUGUUUUAAACAUAGUAGACUGCUACUCGAGAUUUGGGUUUGGCAAAGCUUUGAAGAGCAAGACAUCAAAAGAAGUUGCCGAGGCCGUAAUCAGCUUUAUAUACAUGUACGGAGCUCCUCGAAUAGUUCAGUCAGAUAAUGGUAGAGAGUUUAAAAACUCUGAUCUGGCUGAUGUUGUGAUGGAGUUUGAAGCAAUACAGAUGCAUGGAAGACCCUACCAUCCACAGUCUCAAGGAAGAGUAGAACGGUUCAAUAGAACAAUGACUGAUUACUUCAGGCAUAAGAUGGUCGAUGAGAGGAACUGGGUUUCACAGUUACCCGAAUUUUACUACAGUUACAAUAACAGAAUACACAGAUCUACUAGGCCUUCAACACCGUACCAAAAGUUUUUUAAAAGGCCAAAUUUUGCUGCACCCGUAGAUGAUAAGGUUCCCUAUGCAUCUCUCACAGCAGAAGAGAAGGAAUUCUUAAAAACGGCGCAUUUAGACGUAGAAGGCGAUACAGAGGAUAUUCAUCAUGAUGACGUGGUCGAUAAUGUGUUUGUUGCAACAAAGGCUUUAUCUGAUAUGGAAGAAGCAUAUGGAGAGGUGGCGGAGGCCGGUACUAACAGCGAAGAAGAAAUUAGGUACACAGUUUUUGUCGAGAGCGAAAUUAGUAUGCAUCCGGUGACUGAACAGAACAUAACUGGAAGUCAAAGGUCAGACGGUAUUAAAUACAACUGGACACCAAUUUCAAUGCCAGCACUAACACCUGUGCAUCUAACACCUAACGCAAAUUGCUCAGAAAAAACAGUAAAGCAGAUAUAUGACAGAGAGUCGCCGAUACCACAGACUGAAACAUCCCGAGGAGAACAAAGAGACAUUGUGGUAUAUGAUAGCGAGGCGCCUAUCCCACUGGCAACAGGAACACCAGAGGAAAGAAAUUUUAUCGGAGUGAAAGAAGAUGUCGAGCCAAGGGAAUUUGAAGUGGAUACGCCACAGGGAUCAGAUCUAAAUCUAACAGUUAAUGAAUACAUUGAAAAAUGGAGGAAGCGCAAAUCUGUGGAAAAUGAAGAAAACGCUGGAAAUGAAUCAGAGAGGAAAAGAUCUAAUAACAGUCGCGUUGACAGGAAGGAGCUACAUAGAAAAAUGUUUCCUCUGGAACAGUUUAAUGAAAACCUGCUACAUGACGACAUGUAUUGCCCGAAUGCAGGGGAAAGUGUGUAUUACCGAUUGAAUCCUGCCCUCAGUGCCGGGACAAGUUGUUUCAAUACUGGAUUUUAUCGUCCUGGAAAAUGUGUUGGUGUCAAAUACACUGACACAGGUAGGCUUUACAGAAUUUAUGAUGACAGGAAUGGAACAGAGCACACACUCAACAGGUUUCAAAUCAAACAAGCCUGAUUUGUACAUAACAUUGUCAAUAAAUAAAUAUAUUUUUAUGCCCCCAAAGGUGGGCAUAUUAAAAUCGCACUGUCCUUCCGUGCGUGCGUGCGUCCGGUUAAUUAUGUCUCCCACAACAUAGUGGUGUGGGAGACAUAUUGAUUUACUCCAGUCCGUGUGCCUGUGUGUGUGUGUCACAAAGCUUGUACACGCUCUAAGUCAAACAUUUCUCAUCCGAUUUUCACCAAACUUAAAACUUGUUUGACCAUAAGACCUCGGCCAAGUUCGAUAACUAGCCAAAUCGGUCCUAGCAUUUUGGAGUUACGACCCUUGAAUUACUGAAAAAUCAGCCAUUUUACUCUUGUCCACAUUCUAAGUCGCACAUUUCUCAUUCGAUCUUCACUAAACUUGAACAAAAUGUCUUUGACUAUGAGACCUCGGUCGGGUGUGAUAACUAGUCAAAUAGGUUCAGGCAUUUUGGAGUUACGGUCCUUGAAUUACCGAAAAACCCGCCUUUUUACUCUUGUCCGCUCACUAAGUCGAACAUUUCUCAUCCGGUCUUCACCAAACUUGAACAAAAUGUGUUUGGGCAUAAGACCUUAGCCAAGUUCGAUAACAAGCCAAAUACGCCAAAGCACUUUUAAUUUAUGGAUCUAUAGGGGAAGUUGUGGGAGACAUGCGCUUUUCUCAAAAGCAUCUCUAGUUCUUGUCCGGGCUGUAACUCCAUGAAUGGAUUUUCAUAUAACUUUGCAAAAAUGUUUACCAUAAUGAGACGACGUGUCAUGCGCAAGAUCCAGACCCGUAGCUACAAGGUCAAGGUCACAUUGAGAAGCAAAAGUUUUUUUAUCUGGUUCAUAACUCUGCCAUUUAUAAAGGGAUAUGAAAAUAAUUUUAAACAAAUAUUAACCAUAUUGAGAAUGUCUGUCACGCUUAUGAACCGGGUCUCUUAGGUCAAGGUCACGAAAUGAUGUAUGAUUUUUUACGCAUACAGCUGUAUCAUUCUUUGGCGUGCUUUUUGGGCAUUUGUCAUCAAUAGUGACAACUCUUGUUCAAGACUGAAGUGGACAUAGUUAUUUCGAAAUAAUUUAUAGCAAAAGAGUGUUUUAACACUAUUUAUACACGAUGGAUGGUACUACGUCGGGCGUAAUAAUUUUCACGAUGGCGCAGCCCGAGUGAGAUUAAAUGUACGAUGUAUUACCGACCAAGUGUAUAAAUAAUGUUAAAACAUGAUUUUGCUAUGCAUUACUUAGAUUCUAAUAUACCCUUAUUUUUAACAGGAGAUAAAAUAUAGAAGCGUUCAUUUUUAGUCGCAACAAAAACACUGACGUGAUCGCACGUUAACGUAACGUCAUUCUGGCGUACGUAUGUUUUAACAGAGACAAUCUUAUUAGAAUUAAGAAAUAAUUUAUAGAAAAAUAGUGCUUUAUCUCUACUAAUACACGAUGAGCGGUUAACGUCGGGCGUAAUAAUUUCCCGGGUGUACAGUGACAAAGCACUGUUUUGUUAUAAAUUAUUUUGAUUCUCAUAUUGUAAAAUUUAUAUUAAAAAAUGACAAUGUUUCUUCACGCAAGCAUGGCGCCAGUAGAAGGUAUUUGUUAAAACACGCCAGGACCGGAAACGGUAAUACGUCUUGCGGCAGAAUUCAGUUCGAGCGAAAAUUAUUGCGAAUUAUUCAGCAAUGCGAAUAACUAAUUUAGUAUGUGUAUAAAUUAAUCAAAACAUUUUAGUAAGUGUAUAAAUUAAUCAAAACAUUUGUGCAAUGUGACAUUUCGUCUAAAACAUGUUAUUUAGUAAAAUUCGUGAAAUUUGAAAGGACUAUUUCUUGAUGCGUACUAAAUAUCACGUUGGCGUGAUGUCAACAUAACAUCGUUGUGAUGAUUAAAGCAUUGUUAGCCAUAUUUGAAUGCAAAAUAUUGCAUUUAUUUAGCUGGUUGACAGUGUGUAGUGGUAUGUUUGAACACAUGAUCUUUCUAGUUAUUACGUUUUAACUUUCAGUAAUUUGCCUCAUAUGCAUGUUAUCGAUUUUGAAAAUUUUAUUCAUCAGAUUUCAGACGUUGUUGCCGUUUCUAAGCAGAUAUAUUUCCCUACAUCCGUACAUUUUUAAGAUAUGUCUAGGUGAUAUUUUGCAUGCUAAUGAAUAAAAAUCGUCAAUUCCAAGAAAUAAAUAUGGUGAUAAAUAGAGAAUAUUAGGUAAUUGUCUUUCUUAACGUAUUUCUAUCCACCAGUUUUGUUAAUGUAAUUGUCCACUUUUAUGUCAGUUUUUCGGCCAUUAAAAGCCCAGUUUCUCAGUUUUUACACAUCAUAUUGUUCUUUUUUUUAACAUUUCUUAAUACAAUAAUAGUAUAUGAUAGAAAUUUUAUGAUAUUUAUAGAAAUUAAUUCAAUCUCCAAUAAUUCUUUAAAAGAAUGGUCUUGCAUAUGAUUUUAUGUUUGUAUUAUAAUGUAAUUGUAUGAAGUACAUGUAUGCAAGAAUGAUACGUAAAUAAAGAUAUGUUCGUACUCACUUCUUCACCUGUUUACUCCCCUUUUAAAAGUGGGUCUCGAUUCAGUUUUUUAUAGAUAACCGUGAUUGUUAAACUUGCGUGAUUGUUUGCUUUUAGGAUAUUUUGUUUAGUACAAGUUAUCAUUCUUGA